UUUGGGGCAUUCUUUCAAUGGCGAGACAGGGGAGAGGUUGGAGGAGAUUCUCCAGCUAAGAAGGAUGAACAGAGAAAGGACAUAAUUAUCUGCUGAAAUGGAACAAUACCAGUUUUAAUGGUUAGAGGGGUAACACGAAGAGGGCGGUUUAAGAGGAAGGUACGGGAAUACUGCUGUGUUACUACGUGUGCAGUCAGUCACACACACAGCAGGGAGGAAGGGGGUCCUGUCUAUAAUGACAGAGGAAUCUGAGCAUUCUGGAGGUGCCUGGAUUCGGGAAAUGAGAUUGCUUUAGAGAGCCCCUUUAAGAAUAAGUGGUGAAACCGAGAAAGUUGGCUUUAUUGUUGAGAAUGGCUGGACGAAGCUGCAGAUCAUGGUUCAGUGUGCUUUUGGGGCUGGUGGUCGGGUUUACCCUGGCUUCCUUUGUAAUCUUGCCAAGGGCCACCGAGUUGAAGAACGCCGGACACAAGCGAGCGAGUACGGGCGGCUGCGGGCAGCAACGGGGUCUGCGCAGAGAGUACAGCGGCUCACAAGUUUGGCAACCGCAACAAGAUAACAGAUUGCUGUCAACAGACAAACCGGUGCCCAGAUCUAAGAAUUUCCUCUUUGUCGGCGUAAUGACAGCACAGAAGUAUCUGGAUAAUCGGGUAGUAGCUGCUCAUAGGACCUGGGCUCAGACAAUCCCUGGCAAGGUGGCGUUUUUCUCCAGCGAAGGCUCAGACUUGUCCUUGCCCAUCCCCGUUGUAGCACUGGAGCAUGUGGACGACUCAUACCCGCCCCAGAAGAAGUCCUUCAUGAUGAUCAAGUACAUGCAUGACCACUUCCUGAACCAGUACGAGUGGUUCAUGAGGGCAGACGACGACGUCUACAUCAAGAGCGACCGGCUGGAGAGCUUCCUGCGCAGCCUCAACAGCAGCGAGGCUCUCUUCCUGGGGCAGACUGGCAUGGGCGCCAGGGACGAGCUGGGGAAGCUGGCGCUCGAGCCGGGAGAGAACUUCUGCAUGGGCGGCCCGGGCGUGAUCAUGAGCAGAGAGGUGCUGCGGAGGAUGGUGCCCCACAUCAAGACCUGCCUGCAGGAGAUGUACACCACGCAUGAGGACGUGGAGGUGGGCCGCUGUGUCAGGAGGUUCGCAGGAGUGCAGUGCGCUUGGUCUUACGAGAUGCAGCAGUUGUUCUAUGAAAACUACGAACCCAACAAGAAAGGCUACAUCCGAGACCUGCACAACAGCAAGAUCCACCGAGCCAUGACUCUGCACCCGAACAAGAACCCGCCCUACCAGUACCGUCUUCACAGCUACAUGCUGAGCCGCAAGAUCUCCGAGCUUCGCCAUCGCACCAUCCAGCUACACCGCGAAAUUGUCCAGAUGAGCAAAUACAGCAACACAGAGGUCCACAAGGAUGACCUGCAGCUGGGAAUCCCACCCUCCUUCAUGCGCUUCCACCCCCACCAGCGCGAGGACAUUCUAGAGUGGGAGUUCCUGACUGGGAAGUACAUUUAUUCAGCAGCAGAUGGGCAGCCUCCCCGGAGAGGAAUGGACGCCUCUCAGAAGAUUGCCUUGGACGACAUUGUCAUGCAGGUUAUGGAAAUGAUCAAUGCCAACGCCAAGACCAGGGGAAGGGUUAUUGACUUCAAAGAGAUCCAGUAUGGCUACCGCCGAGUCAACCCUAUGUACGGAGCCGAGUACAUCUUGGAUCUGCUCCUGCUCUACAAAAAGCACAAGGGAAAGGCAAUGACUGUCCCGGUGAGGAGACAUGCCUACCUGCAGCAGACCUUCAGCAAGAUCCAGUUUAAAGAAGAGGAGGAGCUAGAUGCCAGAGAAUUGGCCAGCAGAAUCAACCAAGACUUCGGCUCCUUGUCAUUCCUCUCCAACUCCUUGAAGAUGUUGGUUCCUUUCAAACUUGGCGGCACGAACGCACGGUACAAAGAGCCCAAAGAGACAAAAAUCAACAUUUUGGUCCCGCUUUCAGGGCGUUACGAAAUAUUUGUCAGAUUCAUGGCGAACUUUGAGAAAACUUGCCUUAUCCCGAAUCAGAAUGUCAAAUUGCUGCUUCUGCUUUUCAGCACAGACAACAAUACCGAAAAGAUGAAACAGGUCGAGUUGAUGAGAGACUAUCAUAUGAAGUAUCCAAAGGCUGACAUGGAGAUCAAGUCAGUGUCUGGUCCCUUUUCCAGGGCCCUGGCUCUGGAAGUUGGCUCUUCCCGUUUUUCUAACGAUUCUUUGCUUUUCUACUGUGAUGUAGACCUUUUGUUUACAGCAGACUUCAUGAAAAGAUGUAGAAGCAAUACAAUAUUAGGAGAGCAGUCCUAUUUCCCAAUCAUAUUUAGCCAGUACGAUCCAAAGGUUGUCUAUGCUGGAAAAGUCCAAAGUGACAGCCAUUACGUUUUCACUCUCAAAACUGGUUUGUGGAGGCACUAUGGGUUUGGCAUUACCUGUGUUUAUAAAGGUGACCUAGUUCAGGCCGGAGGCUUUGACGUCGGCAUCCAGGGAUGGGGUUUAGAAGAUGUGGACCUUUUUAACAAAUUUGUCCAAUCGGGCAUUAAAAUAUUUAGGAGCACGGACAUUGGUAUUGUGCAUGUUCACCAUGCGGUCAUAUGUGACCCCAAUCUUGAUCCAAAACAGUAUAAAAUGUGCUUGGGAUCCAAAGCCUCAUCGCAUGGGUCAACACAGCAGCUGGCUGAACUGUGGCUUGAAAAAAAUGACCCCAGCUUUUGAAGAGUCAGCAAUAAUAAUAAUGGAUCAACAAGGACAUCAUGAACAAGCUUGACUGUUUUUUAACUACCUAAUUUAUUUUUACAAU